GGACGCGAGAGAUCCGGGCCCGGCGCCGCGAUGGGCCAGGUCUGAGCUGCAGCCUCUCCCCUGCCCGGGUGCAGCCGGGGCUGGAUACAUUUUUUUUUUUCUUCUUCUUUUUCUUUUUCUUUUUUUUUUUUUUUUUAAAGAAAAGCCCAAAACUGCAAACAACUCCGGCGAUGCCAACAUUCCCUUCUAAGUGACACGGCUUGGCGAAGGAGGAUUCCUUGGGCUGAGCUCUUUCGCUCGUACUCGCCCUGCCUUCCUCUUCUUCGGCGACUGAUUCAAGGCUUUGGCUCUGGCAGCUGCAGGAAUAAUUUUUUGGGGGGAAGGAAAGCAAAAGCUGCGCUCAACUCCACCGUGACCUCCAACUCUUUGCACUGUGUGUGUGUGUUCCCAUCAUCUCGAAAGGAAAUCCUCUGUGAAAAAAAAGAAGAAAAAAAAAAAGGAAACCAGCCGCCGAGGAGGAGGAGAUGGAAGUUUUCCCCUGGUUCUUGGUGUUGUCCAUGUGGUGGUCUCGAACCUGGGACGCGGGGAGUGCGGAUUCGAUCAUCCACAUCGGAGCAAUUUUUGAUGAAUCUGCCAAAAAAGAUGAUGAGGUGUUUCGCAUAGCAGUUGGCGACCUCAACCAGAAUGAGGACAUCUUACAGACUGAGAAAAUCACAUUUUCGGUGACAUUUGUUGAUGGCAACAACCCAUUUCAGGCGGUUCAAGAAGCCUGCGAACUUAUGAAUCAAGGCAUCUUGGCCCUGGUCAGCUCCAUUGGCUGCACAUCAGCAGGGUCCCUCCAGUCUCUGGCAGAUGCCAUGCACAUCCCCCACCUCUUCAUCCAGCGAGCAACUGCUGGGACUCCAAGGAGUGGCUGUGGACUCACCCGCAGCAACAGGAAUGAUGACUACACGCUCUCUGUUCGUCCACCUGUCUACUUAAAUGAUGUUAUCCUAAGAGUGAUCACAGAAUAUGCCUGGCAGAAAUUCAUCAUAUUCUAUGACAGUGAAUAUGAUAUCCGUGGAAUACAGGAGUUUUUGGACAGAGUAUCUCAGCAGGGGAUGGAUGUCGCACUUCAAAAGGUAGAAAACAACAUCAAUAAGAUGAUCACCACUCUCUUUGAUACCCUGAGAAUAGAGGAAUUGAAUCGCUAUCGAGACACUCUUAGGAGAGCCAUCCUUGUUAUGAAUCCCGCCACAGCCAAAUCCUUCAUUACUGAGGUUGUGGAGACUAAUUUGGUUGCUUUUGACUGUCACUGGAUCAUUAUAAAUGAGGAAAUAAAUGACAUGGAUGUACAGGAACUUGUAAGAAGGUCAAUUGGAAGGCUAACUAUCAUUCGGCAGACAUUCCCAGUCCCCCAGAACAUAAGUCAGCGAUGUUUCCGUGGCAACCAUCGAAUAUCUUCAACGUUGUGUGAUCCAAAGGACCCAUUUGCACAGAAUAUGGAGAUUUCGAACCUUUACAUAUAUGACACGGUGCUUCUGCUUGCUAAUGCGUUCCAUAAGAAGCUGGAGGACCGGAAGUGGCACAGCAUGGCGAGCCUGUCGUGUAUCAGGAAGAGCUCCAAACCCUGGCAGGGCGGGCGGUCCAUGCUGGAAACCAUCAAGAAGGGUGGAGUGAGUGGGUUGACUGGAGAGCUGGAAUUUGGAGAAAAUGGAGGCAAUCCCAACGUCCACUUUGAAAUUCUUGGAACCAAUUAUGGAGAGGAGCUUGGCCGAGGCAUUCGCAAACUUGGGUGCUGGAAUCCUGUCACAGGGCUGAAUGGGUCACUGACUGACAAGAAACUGGAGAAUAACAUGCGCGGAGUGGUCCUCCGUGUGGUGACCGUGCUGGAAGAACCUUUUGUAAUGGUCUCUGAAAAUGUCCUGGGUAAGCCCAAGAAAUACCAGGGCUUCUCCAUUGAUGUUUUGGACGCCUUAUCUAACUACCUUGGAUUUAACUAUGAUAUUUAUGUUGCACCGGAUCAUAAAUAUGGAAGCCCACAGGAAGAUGGGACAUGGAAUGGCUUGGUAGGAGAACUAGUCUUCAAGAGAGCGGACAUAGGGAUUUCUGCUUUAACAAUCACCCCAGAUCGAGAGAAUGUGGUGGAUUUUACAACACGUUACAUGGACUACUCAGUGGGAGUACUGCUUCGAAGAGCUGAAAAGACAGUGGAUAUGUUUGCCUGUCUUGCACCAUUUGAUCUCUCUCUAUGGGCUUGCAUUGCUGGCACAGUCCUUCUUGUGGGUCUGCUGGUCUACCUUCUGAAUUGGCUUAACCCCCCACGAUUACAAAUGGGAUCAAUGAGUUCUACUACUCUCUACAACUCCAUGUGGUUUGUGUAUGGAUCCUUUGUACAGCAAGGUGGGGAGGUCCCAUACACAACACUGGCUACCAGAAUGAUGAUGGGUGCUUGGUGGCUGUUUGCUUUGAUUGUCAUCUCAUCUUACACAGCAAACCUUGCUGCUUUCCUCACUAUCACCCGCAUUGAAAGCUCCAUUCAGUCUCUCCAGGACCUUUCCAAGCAGACAGACAUUCCUUACGGCACAGUCCUGGACUCUGCAGUGUUUGAGCAUGUGCGUAUGAAGGGAAUGAAUCCUUUCGAGAGGGACAGCAUGUAUUCCCAAAUGUGGCGGAUGAUCAACCGAAGCAAUGGGUCGGAGAAUAAUGUUCUGGAGUCCCAAGCAGGCAUUGAGAAGGUAAAAUAUGGAAACUAUGCCUUUGUGUGGGAUGCGGCUGUAUUGGAGUAUGUAGCCAUCAAUGACCCCGAUUGCUCCUUCUACACCAUCGGGAACACUGUUGCUGACCGGGGAUACGGAAUUGCACUGCAGCAUGGCAGUCCUUACCGGGAUGUCUUCUCACAAAGGAUCCUGGAGCUUCAGCAGAAUGGCGACAUGGACAUCCUGAAGCACAAGUGGUGGCCCAAGAACGGCCAGUGCGACCUGUACUCCUCAGUGGACACCAAGCAGAAAGGAGGUGCCCUGGACAUAAAGAGCUUUGCGGGGGUUUUCUGCAUCCUGGCCGCUGGGGCUGUCCUCUCCUGCUUUAUAGCCAUGCUGGAGACCUGGUGGAACAAGAGGAAAGGCUCCAGGGUCCCGUCCAAAGAGGAUGACAAGGAAAUUGACCUGGAGCACCUCCAUAGACGUGUAAAUAGCUUGUGCACAGAUGACGACAGCCCCCAUAAACAGUUUUCCACCUCGUCAAUUGACUUGACCCCUCUGGACAUUGACACUUUGCCAACACGACAAGCACUGGAGCAAAUCAGUGAUUUCAGGAACACUCAUAUCACCACCACCACCUUUAUCCCAGAGCAGAUCCAGACUCUUAGCCGCACACUGUCAGCUAAAGCUGCCUCUGGUUUCGCUUUUGGCAACGUGCCUGAGCACCGAACUGGCCCUUUUAGGCACAGGGCACCUAACGGGGGCUUUUUCAGGAGUCCUAUAAAAACAAUGUCAUCUAUUCCUUACCAGCCAACUCCUACCCUGGGGCUCAAUCUGGGUAGCGAUCCAGACCGAGGCACCUCCAUAUGAGCAUCAGACAAAAAUCUCUUCACUGUUUCUUUCGUAGGACUCCCUUUGAGAGGAGCAACUGUAAUGUUGUGGGACUAACAUGGAUGUAACAUUUUCCUUUUUAAUCGGGAUUAUUAGUAACAAUUCUAGCUCUUCCUCCCUCUUCCCUCUUCUAUUUCUCUCUCUCUCUCUCUCUCUCUCUCUCUCUCUCUCUCUCUCUCUCUCUCUCUCUUUCUCUUUUUCCCUCCCUCUCUCCUCCUUCCCUCCCUCCCUCCCUCUCUGCUGAUACAUUUCCUCCUGCUAUUAUUCAUUACUCAAUUUGUUCCCCCAGAAUAUAGUAUGCUAGGAUCCAAUUAGUCUGCUUUUCAUGUACUGUACUUCAAGUAUAGGAAAUGUGCACUGAGAAUACUAAAAGUAGAUAUGCAGGAUUAAUUUUACAUCAAGGCCUCUUACGUAACAGUUCUCUAUUUUUUGGAAGAUAUAAUUGCAAUAACUUCAGUCUUUCACAUUCUUCUGCUGCAUCCAUACAAGGCUCCACACUGCUGUUGAGUGUCCUUUAACUGUGGACCAGAGGCAACCCCUGCAGUGUCUAUAAAGUACUUUAAAGACCAUUCAGGCCACAUAAUAUGAGAAUGCAAUUUUGUAGGAUUACAAAAAAAAGCCAUUAAUAUGCCAGUCAAGACUACAGUUAAAAUUACUCUUGCACUGCAACAGUGCAUAUGACCUUUAUGUGAUUGUACAGUAUUAAAAGUUUUUUUCUUAUGUACAGUAAACUUUAUCAUACGGCAGAAGCCUCUAUUGUGUUAAAUAAAUUAGUAUCUCAUAUAUAUACAUAUAUAUGCACCUAUAUAAUGUGUAUAUAUAUAUAUUGAAAGGCGGCCAUUGCUAUUGCAAUUCAUUUAAUAAUAAAGCUUUAGUUUUAAAACAAAGAAAAGCAUUGUAUACAGGAACUAUGUAUAGUGCAGGGGGUCUUUUCCGUUAGAAAAGGCAGGUUGCUUUAAUGUUAUUCUGAUUCUCAUUGUUUGCCAACAGAGACUAUUUUAUACUUUUGUUAUUAAAACAUCCAGAGCGACUUAAUAUUUGUUCCUAGAUGUAACUCAGCCAGCUAGGUUUUGCAUUUGUUAUUCAGCGGUGUAUAAAGCUAACCUUGGUAAUGAUUUUACUUCUGAUUCACUAUCUACAUGGGGAAAACUAUGAGCCGAACCACAUCCGCAACAGCACAUAGAGCUCUACAAGAGUUUAAACGUAGAUCAUUGAAGGUUGACAAAGUCUCUUCCAAAGCAGUAAGCCAAUGAACACAACUGUCGUUGGGGAGCAGUGGGAGCCCUGAGGAAAUAUUGAUGUGGCCUUAAUUACUGUCGUACAUUAUCCUAAAAAAAAAAAAAGAAAACAUAAGAACCAUAUGGGGCUCUCUACUAAACCCCCCCCCCUUUUUUUUAUCCUGUUCUACUUGGAGGAGUCACGUAUUUUUUACAGUAGUGCCAAGUGUAUAGAAGGAUGACAGCAAAAACAGUGCCUCUUUGUGCACAGCCCUUUUAAAGUAGCGUUCUUACCUGUUAGAGAUGUACAAUGAACUUUGUUUGUAAUCCUUAAAUUAAGACGUGUUAAGUAGGAAGCAAGAACUUAUCCUGUGUUCUUAGCGGCCAUACACUUAUUUUACUCUAAUUCAUUCUGUGGCUAGGAUUGACGUAGGAACCAACCUGUGUGAUUUGCUUUAGAAGAAAUUAAAAAGGUAUAUUCUUAAGGUAUAUUAUAUUUUGAUGCUAAUUCUGUUCUGGGGAGCAUCUUGUACUGUCACUGUUUUUGUACUAAAUCUUCAAAUAUUGUCUACUGUGUAAGGCAGAAAAAUUUCUUAUCAUGCAAAAACCAUUUUGUUUCCAGGGUAACAAGUACUUAAGUGCAUGCACAACUUGUUUUCCCUUGUAACACUCAUGAUCUCAUCCACGACUCUGAUUUUAAAACUAAAAAAAAAAGAAAAAGAAAAAAAAAUCUUUACAAAAAGCUAUAUAGGGACAUACCAGAUGUUUCAGUGAUUUUAGCUAUCAAACUGUUAACCAUGUACAAUAUUUAAAAUAGGCCUAUUUUGAUGUAUUGCCUAUUAUACAAAUACACAAAACACUUUUUGGAGGCCUCAGAUAUGAGUGGCAGAGCUUUCUGUGUAUAAUUUGUCUAAAUAAUUUGUCUAAUAAAAAUGUUUUCUAAACUUGCUCUCAUACCAUUGAAGUCUUAACUAUAAAAUUUGAAAAUGCUUACUCCCUCACCUAUUGAACUGAAUUUUUCUAAAAACUUAUCUUGAGUUCAUUAAUGGAUAAAACACAUUAAGUUUUGCUAGUCGAACUUUGCCGAAAUGUGUGGCUCUCUAAAAACAAUACUAAGUGAUGUCCUAAACCAACAAAAUACUGCUUUUCUGCUAUUUGAGACUAUUUGAACCCACAAUAUAUUUGUUUUUCUUUAUGGAUGUCUCUGUGAGCACUUUUUUGGAACAGAUUUAGUUGUUAUGUGUAAACAGUGCAAACACUAUAAUAGCAAAAUGAGAGGUGUUGCAUCAAAAAAAGAAAAUCAAAGGUAAUUAUUACACUUAGAAUUUACUUAUUAAUAAUUGUUUUGCUGUUAGAGAAAUAGUUGUCAUGCUGAAUCUAUUAAUUUGAAAUUUAAUUGUCUCCAAAUUAUUCCUAAUACAUUACUGCAUUUGAACAAUAAUUCAUCUUGCAUUUAAAUUACUCAAUGGUUUUCUAUCUGGAAAUAUAUUCAAUUUAGAUUAAAAUUUCUGCUAUUCUAAAAUCCCAUUAAAAAAUGAAGUUUUCAAAUGUUGGAACCAGGAAGAACUGUAGAGAUCUAGACCAUCUUGCCACGUUUUAUAAAUAAGGGAAAUAAGAUACCAGGAAGGUGGGACUUGCCCACAAGUUUGUCAAUCUGAGGCUUAAAGCUGGGUCUUUUUUUUUUUUUUUUUUUUUUUUUUGACUCUGCCAUGUCCCAUUUAGUCACAUUCACUGGAUUGUAAAGGUAGGGAUGGCUCAGGUACAUGCCUCCACCCACUCUUCUGGCCCAUCCAAGGCUGUAAGUCUCUAGGGACCUUCCUUCCUGUCUGGGCCCCCACGGAGCACCCCAUGCACCUGCUCUCCUUACUGAUGGGAAAGUGAACACCUUGGCCUACUUCCCCAAGGCUGUGGCUCCUGGCAGCCAUUAGUCCAGGUCCUGCUGCUGUCUACUGCUACUUCCUUUAACCAUUGUCUGUCCUGGUUCACACCACUUACACCAACAGGGCUAUUUCAAAACAAGACAAAUACCUUAUAUCUAUGUGCUUCUAUUCUUCUCAUACAAUCAGUGUAUUCCUUUGGUGCAUCAUGAAGAGUUGUCACUUUUAAUGACUCAGAAAUUACGCACGGGUUUUGAUUUGAUAAUAUAUUAGAAAAUUGUACAACCUCCUUUCUUCCUCAUACAUAUCAAACUACAGGCAAUUUGUCAUUUUCUUAAUUAUGUUAUUUUCCAUUUCCUUUAGUUUGGGAUUGGUUGUGAACUGAAUAAAUACUUUUAAAAAUAGACUCUA